AUGUAUGUUUGUUAUCUUCAUAUUGUAGGUUUCCAUGUAAUUAAGCAUCUGAGAGGCAUGAGUGCAGUGUUCGUUCUCCUUCCUACUGUGCUGUUUGUGACGUUGAGUGGGGCUCAGCGAGCUUGCCCCAAGAACUGCAGAUGUGAUGGCAAAAUUGUGUACUGUGAAUCCCAUGCAUUCAGAGACAUUCCUCAGAACAUUUCUGGAGGCUCUCAAGGCUUAUCAUUAAGGUACAACAGCAUCCAGAAGCUCAAGCCAAAUCAGUUUGCAGGCCUACACCAACUCAUAUGGCUUUACCUUGAUCAUAACUACAUCACUUCAGUGGAUGAGGACGCCUUCCAAGGCAUCCGAAGGCUGAAGGAAUUAAUUCUAAGCUCCAACAAAAUUACGCACCUUCACAAUAAAACAUUUCACCCGGUCCCCAACCUACGCAAUCUAGACCUGUCUUACAACAAGCUACAGGCGCUGCAGUCAGAGCAGUUUAAAGGUCUUCGCAAGCUCCUGAUCUUGCACUUACGAUCCAACUCAUUGAAAACGGUUCCUAUUCGGGUUUUCCAAGAUUGUCGCAACCUUGAUUUUCUGGAUUUAGGCUACAAUCGCCUGCGGAGUUUAUCUCGCAAUGCCUUUGCUGGCCUUUUGAAGCUCACAGAGCUCCACUUGGAACACAACCAAUUUUCUAAGAUCAACUUCGCUCACUUUCCUCGUCUCUUUAGUCUCCGCUCCAUUUAUUUGCAGUGGAAUAGGAUCCGAUCCUUAAGCCAAGGGUUGACCUGGACUUGGAGUUCUUUGCACAAUUUGGAUUUAUCGGGAAAUGACAUUGCAGGGAUUGAACCUGGGACAUUUCAGUGCCUGCCAAACUUGCAGAAGCUCAACUUGGAUUCCAACAAGCUUACUAACAUCUCUCAGGAGACUGUCAAUGCCUGGAUUUCUUUGAUAUCUAUUACUCUUUCUGGAAAUAUGUGGGAAUGUACCCGGAGCAUUUGCCCUCUGUUUAACUGGCUUAAAAACUUCAAGGGAAACAAAGAAAGUACCAUGAUUUGUGCAGGCCCUAAGCAUAUUCAGGGUGAAAAGGUGAGCGAUGCUGUAGAAACCUACAAUAUUUGUGCAGAAAUCCCAGUGGUGGUCACUGAAAAACCUUACCAGGUCCCUAAAACCCAGCAGAGACCCAUCUUUAUUCCAAAACCCACCAUUCCCAAAGUGGAAGACUAUGAACCGACAUCUUUUACACCAAGCCCUUCUCCAGAUUUCCCAACAUCUGGACAAGAACCAGAAUAUGAGCAUGUUUCCUUUCACAAAAUAAUUGCUGGAAGUGUUGCCCUGUUUCUUUCAGUGGCUAUGAUUUUGUUGGUCAUUUAUGUUUCAUGGAAACGCUACCCAGCCAGCAUGAAACAGCUUCAGCAACAUUCCCUCAUGAAAAGGCGUAGGAAAAAAGCCCGAGAAUCUGAAAGACAAAUGAACUCCCCUUUACAGGAGUAUUAUGUGGACUACAAGCCAACAAACUCUGAGACCAUGGAUGUAUCGGUUAAUGGAUCUGGACCCUGCACGUAUACCAUUUCGGGCUCCAGGGAAUGUGAGGUUCCUCAUCAUAUGAAGACUUUGCCCUAUUACGGCUAUGACCAACCAGUGAUCGGAUACUGCCAGGCUCAUAAGCCUCUCCAUGUAAAUAAGGGAUAUGAUACUAUCUCCCGAGACCAGGUUGAAACCACCAACUUGGAGCUGAGUCGAGAUCACAGCUUCAUUGCUACCAUUGCCCGCUCUGCUGCACCAGCUAUUUACAUUGAGAGAAUACCAAACUGA